GCUGACGCUUCAAAAUUAGAGCUAAUUAAGAAAGUACUUUUAUUUGGCUUAUUGAAAAUUAUUAAAGAGGUCAAAAUUGAGGACUUUAAUAAUUUAACAAGAGAGCAAGAAAUAAAUCAAAUACUUUUGUUCAAGCCUUUUUAUGGUCAAUUAGACAUGUCUAUUCACAAUAUUGAGAAAGAUAAUAAAAAUUUUAAAGAGAUUAUAAUUAGAUUCCAAGAGUUUAAUCGAUUUGAUCAAUUUGACCAAUGGAUAAAGGAGAAAGACAUCCAGGAAAUAUUAAAUAUUUUAGAAACAAACACUGAUAAG